AUGGACGCCGGUGCGAAUUCCAAGGACACUCUCAACGACACUUCCAACAAUACUCCCCACGGCUCUUCCAACACCUCGCACAAUAUCCCUUCCAAUUUCUCCUCUAACGACACUUCGAACAAUACUUCUGGCGGUAGUUCCAAUACCAAUUCCAACGACUCUGCGUACGACUCAUCCAACGGCUCUCGGGAUCUUGCACCAAAUGCUCCGGGUCUCGCCCAAGUUACGCCCGACAUUUCGAACGACACUUCCAAUCAUAUUUCCAAUGACUCUUCCAACGUCACCUCCAACGACUUGCAAAACGCCUCUGAGCAAGAUCCGCAAGCAACUCGUCGUCCGGGUUCAAAUCGCCACCAGAGGUUGAGGUCGGCAUUUCGAGCCCUGAUUGAACCCCGCGACCCCCCGUCCUACCCUUCCUAUGGGGGUCCAGACGCAGACUGUACGGAGGCCUUACGGGUCUUGCCCUGCUGCGGAGCCUGUUUCGUCGAUAUGGACAAACCGGAAUCAGGUGGUGAUCAACCGGAAUCGCUCAUCACAGUGCUGUAUGGCUUGAAGGGCCAGCUUAGCUACGUUGGCCACAUAGACCCAUUCCCAUCCUUCUUUCGCUCCGCUAGCUCACACUUCGGAUACACAGUUGAGUCUGCCUAUACCAUUGUGGACGACAAAUGGUGCCUCUACCAUACCCACCCUCCCUGGAGACCACUCCCCUCGGUCAAGCGUGAGAGCUGGCCCUUCGAUAUUGUCCCACGCUACACCGCCAUCGCUUAUCACCACGAUUGCUAUGUCACCUUUCCCCACGCCUGUCCGCUUUCUCCAGAGUUAGCCAGGGAAAGACUCUGGCUGGCUUCUGUAGCGAGAUAUCCUGGUCCCCGUCCGUAUUAUUACAAAGUCACAAGUCCUACGGUCUACGACAUGUCUGAAGUGGCCAUCAGGGAAGUUGCCCGCGCGUACGGUCUGCCUGAACUGGCUACUUGUCCGACCGAACUUGUCCCGCUCAUUCACGAAUAUUCCUCGCCAGGUGUCUUCCUAUGGAGAGCUAUCUUGACUUAUACUUUGGCCCUGCAACUCGCUUCACUACCCGAUCAAACUUUCACAGAGAUCCCUCUGGUUGAUAUCCGGACUUUGGAGCGAGGAGACUUGCUUCUCCCCUCCGAUUGGAAGCACGUGUAUCCUACCAAUAACGUGGAGUCGGUCAUGCGUAUCAAGGUUGAUAACCGUGGCAUCAAGGAGAUUCAGGGGCUUCCUCGCCAUCCUUCCUUCAUUGGGGGUUGGUCCAACAAUGUUGGCUUUAUCGUCGAGAAUGUUUCAACGUUACGUGAAUGUACUGCCUGUGUAAAGAACGGCUUUCUCUGUCUCCGUUUUCCAAAGUUUUACAAGUUCGAACUACCGAUGUGGGAUACGCCAGCUCCGCUUUCCCCGGCCCAUACCACACGCCUAAUUACCGAGCGUUUUGGGCCUCCGCUCUCUCGAUACUUCCCCGUUCACAAAGGAAUCUCUACGAGCCACAUCCUCAACUUCAAAUCAGUCACUGGCUUGACUUUUAUGUUCAGCCACAAGACGGAUCUCAGAUCAAUCUUUGCCCAUUACAACAAUGAAACUGGUCAUUACGACUCGGAUGUUGUCCAGAAGCUCAAAACGAGGCAUCUGUGCUACCUGCCAAUUGCCCCAGGAGACGAAAUUCUUAACAUCGGCAUUAUUGAGCACGAGAACAGUCGCAUCUUUGUUCGCAUGCGUCUUACGGGGGACAUUAUCAUAAAUCUGAGCACUCAUGAUAGUAUUGGGCGUCCUCAGUACGGGAGAGACCCAGAUAGCAGGCCACCGGUGAUUUGGAGCAAAACUAAACCUAGAGCGUUGGUGUACGGCCAAGGGUGUGGGCUUCAUGAAGACAACAUUAUUUUCGCAACAAAACACGACCUUGACAAUUCCGAAGGAAUAGGAACACCGCCCGAUGAUGUUCGGAGUCUCACCGAAAGCAAUAUUAGAACCUGCCAAUGCUCCAGACUGCCUGGCAUUCACAACGUUCCUUUCAACGGGCUUGUGACUUACGCACCACUUUCGGAAGUGUUAGAAGCCCGGGUAUAUUAUCUUGAUGAAGGGAUCAUCUCUGAGGGAGCCUGCCUGGGCAUCGUUUUCCGGUACCGCAACGGGGGGUGCCGAGCCGAUGGUCAUGUUUGGGAUCUUGACGGUCGUACUUACAGUGAUCCCACGCACUUUCUCGUCGGAUCCAAAUACGACUUGACGACGGUGGACUUUCUACCAGCAUCAGGCGCUGAUAAGCCACAGAGCCAUCGCCUUACUGAAAAGGAUGCUACGAUACGCAGCAAAUACAGGCCGAUGAGAGGAACCAUCUUUGCCUACACACGCUACAAUGAACGGAAGAUGUAUAUGCGGCUUCAUAUCGAGAUCAUAGACGAAGAUAUGUAUCCCGGCACUGCGUCCGCGGAGAAAAAUGAGGUGUAG